AUGGGGCGCGUUGAUGGUGGCCGCCGAGAUGCAUUGCACCCCUUCACUUCCCCUAUCCCUGCGCUCCCGACCUCACCUCGCAGUGUCGCCCACCUCAUUCUCAACCCACCACCGCUUCCCGCCCUCGGUCGCUCGCCAUCGUCAUCGCUGCCGCUCCUUCGUCUCUGUCCCCCACUCCACACCACCAAUCCUCCGUCUCUGGCUGCGAACGACCCUCCAUCCCUUCUCUCCCCCACCACAUCGCUCCAUCCGAACCACAGCUCUCCCCCGUCGCCAUCGCCUUCGGCGUCGCCGCCUCCCGCUGCUCCGCCCUUCUCCAUCCCGGACAAAGCAUUCGCUUCUCGUGGCUCUCGCUCCUCGCUCGCUGGACCGAGUAGAGCACUCGUGCCAUCGCUCAACAUGGUCUUUGGUCGCUCCGAACAAAAUCGUGGCCACGAUGGCCUCGAUCACGCCGGCCACCACUAUGACCCCAACUCGCUCUCCCCAUAUCAACCCGGUCCGUCCGAUCAGUCGUACAUCACCGACCCCACACAUCCCGACUACGAUCCCAUGGUCGACCCCAAUCUGCAGCUAAAGACGGUGCGCACCGCAGCCGCCUCCAUCGCAGAGUCGCACCGCUCAGAGCAACGCAGAGACGACCGGAGAAAGGCAAAGCGCUCCAACAGCCUCUCCCACAAGCUCUUCCGCGGUCGCACACUCCGCAAACAGCAGCAAAAGGGCUCCACCCUCGCACAAAUGGUCUCCGAAGAGGCCAAGAAGCGCCGAUCCGACGGCGUCUCGGGCUACCAGCCUUACGCUGAUACCCCCUUCGCCUCGGCACAGCAGGGCACCGUGCCAGAAGAAGCCACAGCAGACGACACUGCCGCGCAUCACGACGAUGCCAAAGCCACCCCGGCCGCCGAGUCCGACUCGCAGCCUGCCGGCCCCACCAUGCGCAAGAUGAAGCCAAAGAAGCGCAGAAAAGUCUACGUCAACCUGCCUCCGCCCCGCUCCCAGCUGCGCAGCAACGGUGAUCCGGACGUCGUCUAUCCACGCAACAAGGUCCGCACCUCCAAGUACACCGUCGUCACCUUCCUCCCCAGAUUCCUCUUCGAGCAGUUCCGCCGCGUCGCCAACAUCUACUUCCUCGGCCUCGUCGUCCUCCAGGUCUUCCCCACCUUUGGUGCCACCAUCCCUCAGAUCGCCAUGCUCCCGCUCGUCGCCAUCCUCACCAUCACCGCCAUCAAGGACUCCAUCGAGGAUCAUCGCCGACAUGUGCUCGACAACGAGGUCAACAACUCGGCCGUCACCCGUCUCGGCAACUGGCGCAACCUCAACCAGGCAAAAGAUCCUCGCUCCUGGUACCAGAAGCUCCUCGGUCUGUCCGGCCGAGGCAGCGGUAAGGUGUCCAAGGGCGUGCGCAAGCUGCGCGAAAAGGAGGACGCCAUCGGCAUGCGAGAGGUCAGCAGCAGUGGCCGCCGCACCGCCAACCCCGCCACCCAAGAGUUUGGCGCCCGUCCCAACGCGCGCAGCGUUCGCAGCGACAGUCUCGCUAGCUCUCAUGCGCUCCACACCAUCGCCAGCGAAAGUGAGCGCGACCACCAGAGCUUCUACGGCGCGAGCUACAACUACUCGAACGCCGCGCUCAAUCGCGAUCUCCACGGCGCCUAUGCCGACCCAAACGCAAGCAGCGUUUCCGUCCAUCAGCCCCUUCAGCCCAACCAGCAGAAUCAGCAGCAGAGCGCAACCACCUUCUUCUCCAAUGGCACUGCCGUCGAGGGCGUCGUCGACUACCGCCGACACACGCCCGGGACAGCUCGCUGGGAGCGCACACUGUGGAAAAAGCUCGAGGUCGGCGACGUCGUCCUCCUGCGCGAAGAUGAGCAGGUCCCCGCAGACAUCGUUGUGCUCAACUCCUCCGACCCGGACGGCAAUGCCUACGUCGAGACAAAGAACCUCGACGGCGAGACCAACCUCAAGGUGCGCAAGUCUCUCAAGGCCACCAUGGGCAUCCAGUCCGAGGAGGACCUCGAGCACGCCCGCUUCGUCAUCGACUCUGAGGCGCCCCACGCCAACCUGUACAGCUACAACGGCCUGCUCCAGUACACCGCCAGCGAGGCCACCAAGGAGGGCGACUUCACCGACACGCUCGAAUCGCUGCCGCCCGACAGCAGCGCCUACGCCGCCAUCGAAGCUCGCACGCGCCGCGUCGAGCCCAUCACCAUCAACGAGCUCCUCCUCCGAGGUUGCGCCCUGCGCAACACCGAGUGGGUCAUCGGCGUCGUCGUCUUCACCGGCGAGGACACCAAGAUCAUGCUCAACUCGGGCGAGACGCCCUCCAAGCGCUCCAAGGUCGAGAAGGAGACCAAUUUCAACGUCAUCGUCAACUUUGUCAUCCUCAUGAUCCUCUGCAGCAUCUGCGCCGUCAUUGGCGGCCUCCGUCUCAGCCGCACCAACACCAGUCGCGCCUACUAUGAGAUCGGCGCAGAGCUCAGCUCCAGCAACAUUGUCAACGCGCUCGUCAUCUUUGGCUCCUGCCUCGUCGUCUUCCAGAACAUCGUCCCCAUCUCGCUCUACAUCUCCAUCGAGAUCGUCAAGACCAUCCAGGCUUUCUUCAUCUACCAAGAUAUCGAGAUGUACUACGCUCCGCUCGACUACCCCUGCGUGCCCAAGACGUGGAACAUCUCGGACGACUUGGGACAGAUCGAGUACAUCUUCUCGGACAAGACCGGCACCCUCACGCAGAACGUCAUGGAGUUCAAAAAGUGCUCCGUCAACGGCGUCUCCUACGGCGACGGCAUCACCGAGGCCAUGAUCGGCGCCAUGAAGCGCGAGGGCAAGGACACCUCCGGCUUCAGCGCGGAGAGGCAAGAGGCAGAGCUCGCCGAGUCCAAGAAGCGCAUGGUGGACAUCAUGAAGCGCGCCUUCAAGAACCGAUACCUUCGCGCCGACAAGAUGACGCUCAUCUCGCCUCCCAUGGCCGAAACCUUGGCUGCAAGCUCGACGGAUCCGCAGCGCAAGAACGUCGUCACCUUCUUCCGCGCACUGGCGCUCUGCCACACCGCCCUCGCCGACCGCCCUGACGGCAACGACCCGUACACCCUCGAGUACAAGGCCGAGUCGCCCGACGAGGCUGCGCUGGUGGCAGCAGCGCGUGACGCUGGCGCCGUGUUCAUCGCCAAGAACAACAACACCAUCGACAUCGAGGUGCUGGGCCAGCCAGAACAGUACACGCCUCUCAAGGUGCUCGAGUUCAACAGUACGCGAAAGAGGAUGUCGAUCAUCGUGCGCGAGCCUGAUGGCCGCAUCCUCAUGAUCACCAAGGGUGCCGACUCGGUCAUUUACCAGCGCCUGCGUCGCGAUCAUCCCGAAGAGCUCAAGCAGGCCACCUUCCGCGACCUCGAGGCGUUUGCCAACGCUGGACUCCGAACGCUCUGCAUUGCCUACCGCUACUUGGACGAAGCCGAGUAUGUCGAGUGGGCACGCAUCCACGACGAGGCCAGCGCCAGCCUCACGGACCGAGACGACGCCAUCGACGAGGCCAACGAGAAGAUCGAAGUCGACCUCACGCUGCUGGGCGCCACCGCGCUUGAAGACAAGCUGCAGGUUGGCGUGCCCGAGGCCAUCGAGACGCUUCAUCGCGCCGGCAUCAAGCUCUGGAUCUUGACGGGUGACAAGCUGCAGACGGCCAUCGAGAUCGGCUUCAGUUGCAAUCUGCUCACGUCGGACAUGGAGAUCAUGAUCAUUUCUGCGGAUCACGAGACCGGAACCCGCGCCCAACUCGAGGCUGCUUGCAACAAGAUCGCCGCUGCUGGACGUCCCGUCGUUGUGGAAGAGCCCGCGAAGCGUCCAGGCGGCAAAGUGCGCAAGAACCGACUCACUGUGGCGCGCACCGAGCAGGCACCCAAGGACGGCUUUGCGGUUGUCAUCGACGGCGAGACGCUGCGCUAUGCGCUCGACACGAGUCUGCGACCGCUCUUCCUGGCGCUCACCACCCAGUGUGAGGCAGUGGUCUGUUGCCGUGUCUCGCCUGCGCAGAAGGCUUUGACCGUCAAGCUCGUCAAGGACGGCAAAAACGCCAUGACGCUCGCCAUCGGUGACGGUGCCAACGACGUCGCCAUGAUCCAGGAGGCUCACUGCGGUGUCGGCAUCGCCGGCCUCGAGGGUGCUCAGGCAUCAAUGAGCGCCGAUUACGCCAUCGGCCAGUUCCGCUUCCUCACACGCCUGCUGCUGGUGCACGGUCAGCUGUGCUACCACCGCAUCUCGGAUCUGCACAAGGUCUUCUUUUACAAAAACAUCAUCUGGACGUCGAUCCUCUUCUUCUACCAGAUCGACUCGGACUUCACCGGCUCAUACAUCUUUGACUACACCUACAUCCUGCUGUACAACCUCGUCUUCAGCUCGCUCUGCGUCAUUGUCAUCGGUGCGCUCGACCAGGUGGUCAACAUCAAGGCUCUCCUCGCUUUCCCGCAGACGUACAAGCGCGGCAUCCAAGGCGCAGAGUACACCAAGCCGCUCUUCUACAUGAGCAUGCUCGACGCUGCCUUCCAAGGCGCUGUCUGCUACUUUAUUCCGUGGUGGUUCUACACCUACGGGCCCAUGGUGGGCAGCGAUGGCCAGGAUAUGGGCGGUCUCUCCAUGUUCGGAACCUCGAUCGCCGCGGCCGCCGUCACGACGGCAAACCUGUACGCUGGUCUCAUCGCCAAGCACUGGACGGGCAUGUUCUGGGCGGUGGAGAUCAUCUCGCUGCUCAGCGUCUACGCGUGGACUCUGGUGUACUCGGCGUUCCCGGUCUUUGCCUUCCAAAACGUCGGCUUCUGGCUCGUGCAGACGAUCAACUUUUGGGCCGCCAUCCUUCUCACCACCGUUGUCUCGCUGUUGCCCCGCUUCUUCCUCCGUGCGUGGCGCUCCUCGUUCAAUCCGAACGAGCACGACAUUCUUCGUGAGGCGUGGACGCGAGGUGACCUGAAGGACCAGCUUGGCAUCCCGCAUCACAGCAAGAAGAAGGCAAGGCGUGCGGCAGCCCAUGCGUCCGGAAGAGGCGGAUACGACGACAGCGGAAUGGACGACUCCUUCACGGACAAGAGGAGGGAUCGUGACAUCGAAGGCCAGAGCGAUACGCUCUUCUACGAGGCAAAGCGAUCCACGGAGCGUCAACGUCGCGAGAAGCGCUUCAACGGUCUCUCGGCCGUCGGUGAGGAGGAUAAUGCCUCGGAGACGUCGGCCGACCCCCUGUCCGGAGGCAAUUACGACGAGCGCCAUGCACAUGGUAAUAUGGCUGGCUUUGGUUCAAGGUUGCAAAGCCCGAUGCAUGCUGGCGAUCAGCUCGCUUACGACCGCAACAAUGGUGCCGUCUCGGGUCUGUCCUUCUACGAUCCGGAUGCGCUGCCUCAGAACGCAGAUGGUCCGAGUCCUGCUGCGCUGCAGAGCUACUACGAGCAAGGUUACGAUCCGCAGAGGACGCCGCGCGUUGGCGUUCCGAUGAUCCAGGUGCAGCGAGCGUCGGCUGCGAUGAAUUCAGGCAACGCCGCGCCGUACGGAGGACACGGGCCGAUCCGGCAAGCUUCUAAUGACAGCUUCAACCGUGCAUUUGAUGACGAGUUUGGCGCCGAGUAUGACACGAGCGGAAGCCCGUAUCCAGCUGCGAGCGGCUACGGGUACGCGCCCGCGGGGUCGAGGUCGGUCUCGGGCUCGAGCUAUGCCUCUACAGCCACGCACACCCAGGUGCAUCCGAGCAUGCCGCGCAGCACGACUCACCAGGCCCCGGCGGCGGCAUCGCACGAGGCGGAGUCAACGUCGCAGCCGACAACACCAGUCAAGUCGGCAGGUGCUCGGUACCACGACCGCUUCAAGACUCCGUCUCCUCCGCAGGCGACGCCGCACUUCAACGACGCCAUGGUGCCUUCGGCAUCCGAACAGAGUCUGGGCGUGGGCAGCGUCGCGACGCGAACGGGCGGUGGCCAUUCGCACGAGCAUUCUGGAGCGUCGCAUGUGUCGUGGCACACGGCUCAGGGGUCGGAGCACAACGGCACGGAUCCGCUGCAACGGCAGCACGAGCGCAUGGCCUCGGACGCGUCCAAGUUCACAGCCCUCUGA